GCUAGGGAUAUUAAGGAAAUACAUCAGUGUUUGAGAACCACCAUAUCACCCAACAUGUUUGGUAACGGCCUGGUGAGUUUCCUUGUGGUAUUUCUACCAGCCAUCUCUGUGGUUAAUACCCUCGAUCACCACAAACUACUGGACCAGUAUAUCGGUGUAUGUGGUAUGAACCUCUGUAAUUCUUCAAUGUUUGAAAUCAAACCGGAUCUGGACUACACCUCUAGCUCCAGCUGUCCAGACUGCAAGUGUGACAAUGAUUGUUGGUUAAAUAACAACUGUUGCCCGGACCUGUACUUAUCAUUUCCGGUCAUUAACAAGAUCAGAACAAAUGUUUACCCGAUUACGAAUGGCUCUUCAGAAGAUAAAUACGAAGAGAUGAUUUCUACAUGCCCAGCUGAGCACCAUGCUUGUGAAGUGGGACCGACAUUAUUAGACUUACUUAACAACGUCCCCGUGUUUGCCGGGCCGUAUAGUCUACCGUUCCGAAGCGCUUGUUAUGCACGGUGUAAUGGGUAUAACGUUACCAGGAAUUGGUACCUAGAUAUUGACUGUGAUACAUUUUACGACCUAAACUUUUGUUCUACAUUUCUGGAAAUUUCAACUGAAUUAUACAACGCUAAGUGUACCGUCAAGUAUUCACAAGACUUUGUAAAUGAGAAAAUACCUACAACCAAUGCUGUUAUUAGGACAUGUAAUGUCACGAGGUUCUGGAACGAUUAUGACGCUGACGUAGACAAAGUGUGUGCGUAUCUAGGACCGGAAAUGGGGAGAUAUUCUCUGACACAUUCCAACGUUUUCUGUUAUAUCUGCAAUCCGAGUGAGCCUCUCAAAUCAAACGUGAUAUCAACGUGUAACGUGACGGGGAAAUGGAAUAUUUUAGAUCAGGGUCUGAAGGACGCUUGCGAACACUACCCAGUGGCUCACUCUGAGCAACCGUACAAAAACUGGUUCUGUCGAAUGUGCAACCAAAAUAAUUUGGAUCCAUCUACGAUUGCGUUAAUGGAUGGUAGUAUCAAAGUAGAAUACAAAACGGUUGCCGACUGGUUUUUUUUACCCUCCCAACAGUAUGACGUCAUAGUGCAGGAGGCAGAUAUAGAAAAUAUUGUAAAAGCAUUUAAACAACAAGUUAAAUUGGAAAACGUAAAGUUCAAAAGCAAGUUAGAAAGAAUCCUAGAGAACGACGGUGAAAUAGUUGUAAACGGACACACAGUGAAUAUCACGAACUUGUUAUUUAAUGAUUAUUUGAGGACUGGGUCCUACGAUAUAUGCGCUUCCUCACUCCUAAACGUCAUAUUUACCCAGAAGUCAAACAACUGCUCAUGUGACGUGAGCUGUAUAUUCAAAGACACGGAUGCCUGUUGCCCGGAUGUCAGACUCCUAACGGAAACGAAAUGUAUAGACCAAUUUGAGCUUUCAACAUUUUCUCCGGAAUUAAACCCUAAUAAAUGGUUAGUUAUCAACGAAUGCCCGGCAAACUAUACAGAUGACGUCAUAGUAUAUCUAUGUCAGAAUGAUGACAUCGAGGCUGCUUACCAGUUGGUUCCAGUUGAAAGUAAGGUAUCCAAGAUGGUGUUCAGAAACAUAUAUUGUGCAUUUUGUCAUUUGAAUAAGGACCAGGCCGAUUCCUAUGACGUGUUUAUGACAAAGGUACAGUUUUAUACACUGAGGUUAGUGUGCCAUUUGCCAAUUCCAUUUCAAAAUGAGAUUUCGGUAGAACGGAUCAUAUCUCGGGCCAGAACAGGACAGUGUGUCAUCCAAUACAUUCCGGCAGAUAUACCGGUUACUUGUGAUGAGGAUAAAACAAAAGGACAAUGCAACAAAGUUAAUUUGUGGACAGAGAACGACGCGGAUGUCCAGUGGGCUUGCGAGAACACAGAUAUUUUCCCGCAAUAUAGAGACCACGAAAACAUUUUUUGUGAUGUCUGUAAUCCUUCAAUAAACAUGCCGCUCUUCUUCGGUUCGUGUAAUAUGACUAGAAACUGGCAUAUUUACAACCCUGAGUUAGAACUGGCGUGUGAGUCGUACCCGGCCAUGCAGAAAACGCUACCAUACAAAAACGGCUUGUGUGAACGGUGUAAUGGUCCCAGAUGGUCAAGAACGUUUACAAAGAACUUUUUACCAUGGGGGUUUGUGAACGAUCUUGCUGAUUUAGGUGGCAACACAGACAGCAAAAACACCCUCCGAAGUUUCUUCACUACGUAUGACGAGCAGCCCCUUGACGACGUGGUACCAGUGACAUGCCAACGCCACCAGAUGUAUGAUAUAUGGAAGAAAAAAUGUCGGGAUGUGAAGUGUAAUCCGGGCCGACAUCUCUACAACGAUACCUGUAAACCCCUCCUACAGACCACCACCAACCUGUCCUACUCCUUAUCUCUGGGUCUACAGACUCAAAUCAACCAGUCGGGGGUCUACAUCACAGAGCUACUGGAGGGAAUCCGUAUUGACGUACAUACUUACCUCAGUCAAACUCUUCACGUCAGCUUCCUAGGCAUAACUAUAUCCUCAUUCAUGGCUAUGUCGCAUAUCGCGUGUCCCAACCGAUCCUCCGUCCUCAAGCACGGGGAGAAUCUAGAUAUCCUUUUGUCUACUCAGUUUGAAAUUGACACUGAAUUCAUAAAUCGUUUCGAAGCAGAAAAGAAUCUUGUGGAACUUCCCGGUCAAACGAUGGAUGUUAGGCAUUUGAACAAGGUGUUCUCGUUCAAAAUGUCUACAGACCCGAAAGCCUUUACUUUGCCGAUUCUUAUAAGGAAGACCAGUCUCCUUCACAAGUGUUACAUAAAACAGACCUCACCGUCUCAGUUCAGCCCUCAUCGCUCCUUUAGGAGAUCUCAGGUCAGUGAACUUCUGCAAUGUAAACAAAUAUACCUGAACGCGGACGAAUAUGUGAUUGAUGAGGACGGAAUGACCUUGACCUUUGCCGGAAGUGAUGCCGUAGUAAAAUAUCCAGAGUUUGAAUUAAUAUCAAAUGGACAGGUAAGGAUAUGUGCGAGUGAGUUACCGUCCCCGGCUGCUGAAAACGAUCUAGAGAACGCAUUACGCAUUUUCACGCUGGUAUUUGUAUGCAUGUCACUAGUCUGCCUCCUGAUUACGUUCGUCCCUUACAUCAAGUUCGAUUACCUCAGAACUCUACCGGGGUUGAACACUGUUGGAUUAAUGACGUCAUUGUUUCUUGUUCAACUUAUGUUCAUCAUUCAAACUUUUACCACAACAGAAGAUGGAGCUGCAUGUACAGUGUCUGGUAUACUGAUGCACGUGCUGUGGCUCGUGUACCUCGCCUGGACUGGGGUGGGGACGUUCCAUAUGUAUAGACUGUUUGUAUCCGAUGACUAUUUCAGUGACGAUGCUAGGCGGUACACAACCUUACGCCGUUACGCUUCAUUUACAGUGUGUUUCGCGCUGGGAAUAGUAACAUUGAAUGUAGUACUCACGGCAGUCAUAAGUGAAUCUAUCGGAUAUGGCGGGAAUAUUUGCUUCAUAUCCUCCCUUACCGGGAAAGUAUUGUCAUUCAUUGUUCCAGUGAUAAUCAUUUUCAUAUUGAAUACAGUAUUUUUUGUCGUGACCUACCGCUACAUUAAAGACCAAACAUUGAAAUGUAAAAAAGUGUUGAAAGACACAACAGUUGCUAAAGAUGGCCGAUCUUCAUUACAGGUGUUUCUCAAGAUGUUUGUACUUAGUGGAUUUACGUGGACUUUACAGCUCAUCGAUGGGUUCCUUCCACUGACAGUAUUUACAUUUAUCGUGACAUUCCUGAAUGCUUCCCAGGGCGUUUUGAUAUUGUACGUACACCGUAAAAGUUUCAAAAUGAAGAGAAACAGACGACGACCAGGAUCAACAUACAGGGGAAGUACAUCUACUGGUGUCCGAGGCACAACCACCAACUCUGCAUCGACUAGAAACACCAGCUCUUACGUGAAUACAGUUACUGAAUCAUUUCAAAAUGAAGGGUUUGAUUCUGUCGAAGACGUACGUAAACCGCGUCUGUCUUCUCGGCCUAGCAUUGUAUCUGUCACGUCCACCAGUAAGAUUAUAUACCACGCUGACGACGCAGUCGAAUGCCACUCCAUUACCGAGGACACAAAUGAAUGCGACUCUAUUGGAAACGCCACAGCUGCGAGUGACGAUAUCGGCAAUGAUAGAACUGUAUGUGACUGCAUCGUCCACGAACAAUAUGUGAAACACCCCAUCGGUGAUACAGGCGUUGGAGGUGCCUCCGAAUGUGGCAACAACAAAGCUGAAUGUGAAUCAAUCGAGAGUGAUGAUGAAAAUGUGAAAAAUUCCAUCAGUUACGAAAAUAAUGACUGUAACUCCGUGGAAAACAUCAUCAUCUCUAAGGUUACUGAAGGUGAUCUAUCGACGAGCAUACACGACCAGGUGUCCACCGAGGCCUAAAGACUUUGUAAUAAAACGUCCUUCUGUCGGAUCAGAGUUACACCGAUAGAGACUAGUGAUAGAAGGUCACUGUACCGGACCAGGAUUACAAUGAGGCCUAGAUGAAGGCUUCGUGCAAAAAUGUUACUGUACCGGACCAGGAUUACACCGAGGCCUAGAUAAAGACUUAGUGCAAAAAUGUCACUGUACCGGACCAGGAUGACACUGAGGCCUAGAUAAAGACUUAGUGCAAAAAUGUCACUCGAACCGACCAGGAUUACACUGAGGCCUAGAUAAAGACUUAGUGCAAAAAUGUCACUCGAACCGACCAGGAUUACACUGAGGCCUAGAUAAAGACUUUGUGCAAAAAUGUCACUCGAACCGACCAGGAUUACACCGAGGCCUAGGUAAAGACUUUGUGCAAAAAUGUCACUCAAACCGACCAGGAUUACACAGAGGCCUAGAUAAAGACUUAGUGCAAAAAUGUCACUCGAACCGACCAGGAUUACACAGAGGCCUAGAUAAAGACUUAGUGCAAAAUGUCACUCGAACCGACCAGGAUUACACCGAGGCCUAGAUAAAGACUUUGUGCAAAAAUGUCACUCAAACCGACCAGGAUUACACAGAGGCCUAGAUAAAGACUUUGUG